CUACUCCGUGCCAUUAUAAUAAAUUACCCAACCUGUCCGAAUUGGAUAAAAAAUAUCGAGAUAUUUGCCUUAGAACAUAUGCUCUCUUUUUGCAAGAUUCAUCACGUAGAAUUUACGAGAAAAUCAUAUUAGCUAAAAAUCUCAUAUCAAAACCUCGAAACAAAGGAUUGAUGUCGCCGAAUUCUUACAAUUGAGCAAAAAUAUUCUUGAUAGUUUCGACGACUGACCACCAGAAUGACUCCAAUGGAAUUCGAAUUCAGGUAUCCGACGAUCGACAUCGACAAGGGACAACCGGCCGGAAAACCCCGAUGCUUCUCGAGACUCACGAUCGGCCUCAAAGGCCGCGACGGCAAAGAACUCAGCAUCAACUCGGAGCAAUCCGAAUACACGAUGGCCGACUUCAAGCGGUUCCUAAGAAGCGCAUACUCUCUCAAAAGGACAACCGCGGUAAAGCUACAAACCGGAGACAACACUCUUAUCCCCCGACUCCUAAUAAUAUCUCGCGAGAAGACUCGAAUCGUCACGAACGUGGAAGAGAUCGAGAAUCUCGCCCGAGAACUCGGGUACCGAGUUACCGUCGGGGAGCUCGACGACGACGUUUCGAAAACGGCGGAGUUCACGAACGGUUUCGACGUGAUGAUGGGAGUCCACGGCGCCGGGCUCACCAACAUGGUUUUUCUUCCCGAGGAUGCGGUGGUGAUUCAGGUGGUUCCGUUCGCCGCGGACUGGGUUUCCGGCGCGUAUUUCGGGGAGCCGGCGGAGAAGAUGGGCGUGAGGUAUUUGGAGUAUAAGAUCGAGAGGGAAGAGAGCAGUUUGAUGAGGCAGUACCCGCCGGACGACGUCGUUUUCACCGACCCGGCGUCGUUUCGGUGGGAGGAGUUCAGCCCGAUUUACUUGCAGAACCAGAACGUGACGAUCGAUGUUACGAGAUUCAAGCCGUUGUUGGUGAAGGGUUUGGAGCUUUUGCAUGAGUGAUUUUUUUUUCUCGGUGUUGAGAAUUGAUCGGGUUAAACUUGUUUCGCCUUGAAACUUGAAUUGGUUUGCUAAAUGAGUUGUUGUAGCAAAUAUAUAUUUAUCCUAAUUGAAAUAUUUAUAAGAAAGGUGUUUUGAAUCCUAGAGUACUUUAAUCUGAUUUUGGUUAUCAACUUUAAAUCUAAUCGGAGAUGGGCGAAACUGGAAUACAUCGAGACGGAAACAAAAAAUUUGAUUUACAUGCUUUUUCUCAUUUAGGAUGAAUGAGACUAAUCCAUGCAUAAAGCAAACAAUAUUGUCUUAUUCAAGUACUUGUGUUUCGCCCAAUUAAUGUAAAAGGUACCCAUAGGGUUGAGAUUUGGUGACUAAGUAUAUCUCAGCCCUUCAUUUAAAUUAUAUAAUGGAUUUUGCUCCUCUAUUCCCACCAGAAGCUUCUUACAAGGGGGGCAUAAUCGUUUUGUAUUAUUAGUUGUAAGCCUUUAUAAUCGGGUUUGUAUAGUUUGUCUUAAUAGUUUGCAUAUAAUUUAUUAUUGGUUUGUAUACUUUUAUAUUCUGGUUUGUAUACUAUCUACUAUUACUUUGUAAACUUUUAUUAUAUGGUUUGUAUAGUUUGUGCAAUUGGUUUAUAUAUUUCCACGGUUUUGUUUGUAUACCUUGUAAUAUUAGUCAUCCUAGAUGUAAACCGUUAGCAAUAACACAUCUGAAUAACACAUCUAUGUUUUGUUGACGACCUGCUUGUUUUUACUAAUGGGUCUAUCAGAGGAGUAGCAGGGGUUUGUAGGGUUUUAAAGACUUUUUACAGAGUUUUUGGCUUAAAAAUCAAUCCAGAGAAGUGUUAGUUGUUUUGUGGGGCAUUUCAGAGGGGGAGAAGCAAUUGAUUUCAAGUUAUUCUAAGUUUCCUAUGGGGCAAUUGCCAGUGCAUUACCUGGGGGUUCCCCUGAUAACAGGAAAGCUUACUAGGCAGAAUGUAAAGUGCUGAUUGAGAGAAUUACUGGGAAAGUUCGUAGCUGGAAAGCAAGGUUUCCUAGCUUUGCAGGUCGACUGCAAUUGAUCUCAUCGGUUCUAACUAGUGUGCUGCAGUUUUGGAUGGGGAUUUUCUUGCUUCCAAAGUUUGUAAUCAAGGAAGUGGAGUCAAUUUGUAGCAGAUUUCUUUGGGAUAUUGAUGAUGAUUCAAUGAGAAAGCGGGUUGUCGCCUCCUGCCAGUUUGUUGCUCGACCAAAGAAAGAAGGGGGUUUAGGGGUCAGAAAUUUCUCCAUUUGGAAUCAAGCUUGUGACUCAAGCAUUUGUGGUCAGUUCUUACUGCUGCAGGUUCCUUGUGGGUGGCCUGGGUUGCACGGUAUCGUCUUAAGCAGAACUCAUUGUGGGAUUUUGAAGGCUUCAACUGCUGGAACUUGGAUUUGGAAACGAAUCCUGAAGUGCAAGGAUUCAACGAUACCUUUUGUUUCUUGCAAUAUAUGGGGCUGAACUGUGUUGGGAUGGGGAACCUAUGAACCCUUAUUUCACAAGCACGUCUGGAAUCAUUGAGGCAACAUGAUCUUGUGGUUCCUUGGUUUAAGCUGGUUUGGGGCAAGUUUAUUUUUCCUCGGCAUGGGUUUAUUCUUUGGUUGGUAAGCAAUGAUCGACUGAAGCUUCUGGGAUGUGCACUUUAUGCCCUGGUGGUGUGGAAAAUCGAUGGCACCUGUUCUCUGCUUGUCCUUAUGUUCAGCAUUUGAAUAGUGUGAUUUUGCAGGGUGAUUCUCCCCUUGUUUGUGAUAGCUGGCAAGCUGUUUUACAGUGGUGUUUGCAGAAAUGGAGAGGGGAUAUGCCUUCUGCUAUUUUCUGUCGUGUUAGUUGGAGUGUGACUGUGAGCUUUGUGUGGCGUGAAAGGUGCUCUAGAUUGUAUGGUUCUGGCGUAGCAAGGAGUCCCUCUCAGCUGAUCCUUGUUGCAAAAUGGAGUAUAAGGAGUCAAUGUCUUCAGAAUCAAGCUUUGAUUGAUUGCUUUGAUUCUAGGGGCUUGGGGUAGUGUUUUUGGUUUACUUUGAUAGGUUCCCUAGUUUGAGGGUUUGCCGUACAGAAACGGUUUGUUUUUUGGAGGCUCCAUAGCGGUUUUUGCUAUUGGUGUCGGUUCUUAAUGCAAUUUUGAUUUAACCAUUAAAAAUACCUUGUAAUAUUAGUUUUUAUAUUUUUAUGAUAUGAUUUGUACACUUUCAUAGUCUUAUUUGUGUAGUUUAUAAGCUUUUAUUGUAUGGUUUGUAAAUUUUUUAUUUAUAGUUUGUAUAUUUUUUGUUCUAUUUUGUACACUUUGGGAUGCUACGUUAUAAUCUUUGUCCAAAUAGAAGUAUAAAUAAGAUAAAAGAAGUUGGUUAAAGAAAAAAGAGGCAAGAGAGGACACUAGAAAAUGAUUGCUAGAAGACUAAAAAAGAUAAUAAAAAUUAUUUUUUCAUACCAUAAUUAUUAUCCGUAUGACUAAUUAAAUCGUCAUUUCAUUAUUUUAACAAUUAGAUUUGUAUAUUAUAUUUAAAUCUAAGGGGUAUGAUUUAAGAGGAUUUAGUCAUUUGACUAAGAACUCUCUUAAUCAUCAGAUUUGCACUCGGUACAGUGGGUUUAAAUCGGGGUUCUGACCGAACCUCAUGAAGGCAAAUGCUAGGUCAAAGAUGAAUUCUUAGAGCUCAUAAUGGCCUUGACCCGAUUCUUAAUGAGUAUUCUUUUUUAUAAGAAAAUGUUCAUUAGGAAUGCUACUAGAGGGGUUGAGGAAAGAAAAACAAACAUCGUCCCUGUGAUUCAAAUCUGAGGAGUCCAGAUUGAAAAUCAACGACAAAACUACUCAACCACGAUACACAUUCAUACAAAUUAAAAUUUACUGGACAAUACCAAUCUUUUUUUUUUCCUUUUCUUUUCUUCUUACAAUACAAUUACAAAUUAAACUGCAUGUCAAUUGUCCAGCCGACACAGAUAGUAGUACCGACUUGACACAAAAUAAAGUAUCAACUAGUGUUGAAUACAGCCAAGAGAGGUUGUGUAUUAUAGAGAAACCCAAACUUUUAAUUUUAUAAUCCGGUAGUAGUUCAGUAAUCGUGGAGCUAUCUACAAUUUAGUAUAUAUAUAUAUAAACUACGUACAAUUUG